AUGCCGCAAUUAGGAGGAAGGAAUUUAUCAGAGUUAAAUGAAGAUGGAUGUUUCAGAAGGAAAAGCAUAGAUAGACAUGUAGAUUCGUCCGAUUCAGAAUCCGAUGAUAAUGUGCUAUCCUCGCCUGAUGAAAUGGAUUUAGGUGAAAAUGAGGAGGAGGACGCUUUGGAUUCAGAUCAAAUUGUUGAGCAGGAAUAUGAAGAGAAGAGUGACUUAUGUAAUAUUAGCUCGUCUAGAUUGGACCAAGGUCAAGUUAUACUUACUAGCGGUGUGACAAAAGCAGAAAUAGAGGAACCGAUCAAUAAUAUGGAAGAGGUGUCCUCAAGGAAUGAGAUUAUCAAAAUGCGGAAGGACGCAUAUGCUCUUGAGAUACUGACCGUUUGCAAAAUGAUAAUAAUGUCCAGAUGUUUUGAUGUACUAACAAAGAAGGAAGAACACUACAAUGAAUUUUUCAAAAGCUUCAUCAUGAAAGAUGACUUGACCAAACAGGAAUUAGUGAAUUUCUUGAACAAUUGCAAGAAGGAGGUUGCUGAAUUGAGAGAAUCUUUAGAGACCUUUGCGAAGAAAGAAUUCGAUGCAAGAAUUAUUCCAAAAAGGGGUAACUAA